AUGGGUGCACGGAAUUCUCAAGCUCCUGGCUUCGAUCUCACCCUGCCCGACUCGGGCCUUCUCUCAUCCCGCUGCCUCGACUUUUCCACUCCUGCGUUCUAUGAGCGCCGGUCUUGUCUCCCCCAGCUAGACUGUGAGCGCCCCCAUGGCGGGGACCUGCACCCCCACUUCUUCGGCAUUCGGCCGACGUUUAUGUGCUAUGUGCCCAGCCCGGUGCUGGCUUCCGUGGGAGACACAGAUUUUGGCUAUGGAAAGGGGAAAUGUACUAAGCAAGGUCCAGCAGGAGCCCAUGAGACACGUUUUGGAGAUGACAAACUUGAAGACCUUGAAGAGGCGAACCCAUUUUCAUUUAAGGAGUUUCUGAAAACCAAGAACCUUGGCUUAUCCAAAGAGGACACAGCCGGCAGUAGAAGUUACCCAAAGGAGACCUCGAGGCAUACGCUGGGUCUGGACCACAGCUCCUCCAACGCCCAGACCAUGGGGUAUGGCUUGGAAUAUCAACAGCCUUUCUUUGAAGACCCAACAGGGGCUGGGGACCUCCUGGAUGAAGAGGACGACGAGGACGAUGGGUGGAACGGGGCCUAUAUGCCAUCUGCUGUGGAGCAGACCCACCCGCCCAGGGCCAACACCAGCACAUCACCCUGCGCCACCUACCUGUCAUUUUUCUCCACCCCGUCGGAAUUGGUUGGGACCGAGUCUCUGCCCCCGUGGACUCUGAGUGACACAGACUCACGUGUCUCUCCAGCAUCUCCAGCAGGGAGUCCUAGCACAGACUUUGCGGCCCAUGGAGAGUCCCUAGGAGACAGACACCUGCGGACACUGCAGAUAAGUUAUGAAGCAGUAAGUGAGGGCCUCGUGGCGCUGGGCAUGGAACCCAGGUCUGAGCAGAUUGCCCCCGAUGCUGACUCCUCCCUCUCCUCCUCCAUCUUCCACCCUCCCCAGGCACAGAUCUCCAACUUCAAGCGGGAGAAUGAAGCCCUGCGGUCAGGGCAAGGCGCCAGCCUGACAGUGGUGAAGCAGAACACCGAUGUAGCCCUGCAGAACCUCCGUGUGGUCAUGAACAGCGCACACGCAUCCAUAAAGCAGCUGGUUUCUGGAGCAGAAACACUGAAUCUUGUUGCUGAAAUCCUUAAAUCUAUAGACAGAAUUUCUGAAAUUAAAGAUGGGGAGGAGAACUCUUGAGAACCACUAGCUGCUUCCAGCCCCCAGGUGUGUGUGCUGAGAUCAACACUGUACCCCUAACUGAAUGUGCACCCCCUAACUAUGCAGUCUUCACCCAAAGUGUUUAUCAUGAGAUGCUGAUUUCAUGACCUAAAAGAGUAUUUAUUAUUGGUCACCUGCAACUGGAGCGGCUCCUGUCAGUUUAUGUGCAGUGCUUCUUGGUGAUGUUCACACUGUUUUCCAGAUGCAAUAACCUAUUGAAAAGUUUUACAAAAUCCAGUCAUCUUUUAAUUUUAAAUAUGAAAGUAGCACUGAGCUAAUAACUUUGUUAUCAUCUCAGAACAUGAACUGUAUGAGAAGCGCACUACUCAGCCUUGAUUUUAUAAGCUGUUGCAGAGAUGAGCAGUCUGGAUAGGGACUUGGACUUGGUGUCUUUAUGAUCACUCGGUGCCCCACUGAGUGCCAGCUCCCUGUAGUUUCUACAGGGCAGCUCCUGUGAUCCGUGGCCCCAGCACAGAGGUUCCACUGAGUAGAUGACUGCAGGGACUGAGGUCAUGACAUUCCACAUUGUGAAGCUGUCUGACCACUGAGCUUUCAGGGAUGAAAUGGAUACUUUAAUUCGGGAAAGCUGGUUUUGGCUAGAGGUUCUGCUAUGGGCCAUUUUGUAUGAGAAUUCAGGAAGUUAGAACAAAUGCAGGCCUCCCAGGGGGUGCUGGGUUUCCAGUGGGGAAGAUAGGACAGCCAUCUGUGCCUUUUGGCUAUUUCCUUAUCAAUGUUACAUUUUUAAAAGUUCCUUUCCCUUCCUGUUCAGAUUGACAGCUUUCUGUUUAAAUAAAUGCUGAAGUUAAUGUGCA